ACCCAAUUGCAGCGGGCCGUAAGGCAGUACCGUACAGUAGCAAAUACUUACAUAAGCCUCUAGAAACAGUCCCGCGUGAAUCAAUCASCCAGGAACCACUCAUUUCCAUUUUUUUCUGAACGAUCGACAAAAUACGUUUCGAACCGUGAGAAGAGKAUCACAAGCACUGUCCGUUCUUUGUAGCGACCCCGGGGUAAACGAGGCUACAUUCCAUCGAACUUGUURAAGACAGACCAAAAUGGGAAAGGCAACCCGACGCAAGAAGAACCGUCAAAAGCGAAAGGACCAACAGACUCCGUUGCACGGCAACGGCGACUCGGCCUCGCUUUCCUCCGUCAUUUCCAACCCGCAGUCGGCGGUCCAUCGCUUGAGACACACGGAUCCGAGAAUACGGCACGAAGCUUUGGUUGCGCUGCAAGCGAGCGUACUUUCACAAAUCCGUUGUGGUGGCGGCUCACGCCAGGUCUCGUUGAAGGUCCUCCAGGCCGUUCGUGAACAGGUCACCUCGAGCGACUUGGAAUGUUCGGCCGUAGCGGCAGAAUGCAUGGCACAGUAUCUAUCGGACGCUUCUUCCUCGGGCAUCAGCGACCAACAGAAACAAACUACAGCGAGCUGGACCUUAGUCUUGCUAGGAAGACUUGACGAUUGUCGAAAGGCUUUAGUAGAGCAACAGCAGCAGUCGCAAUCAACAAAAUCUAUCUCAGAAAACCAACGGAAGAAGGCUGAGAAAAUAAGAAAACAAUGGUACGCUAUAUCGGCCCCAUGUUUUAUUGCGCUGUGCCAAUUGAUCGAAAGCAAUGGCCAUGCUUUGAACCAAAUUAACUUGCAGAAAAAGACAUUUGUCGAUAUCGCAUUCGGAUUGCUCUCGUUGGGUUUGUACAAUACGGGAUCUUCUCAAGUUUUAGAUCAGGCCUCGAAAAUGGGAGAAGACACGGCCAUGAACGACAGCUUGGAAGAAGGAGGAUUGGACGCCAAAACAAUAGCACACGACGCCAUCUUUGAGAAACUGAAAAAGACCACGGAGCUCUAUGCCGCUCGGUCUUUGCACUCCGCCCUCGAUGACAACUGGGAACUCGCCGAAGUUCUCAAAAAUGGCGAGUGUAUGAAUGCUUGGAAAACCCUGCUUGGUGGAAUAGCAGAGAAGAAGGUCGACCAUGAUGGUAGCACGUCAGACGCAAYUCUAUUUCCUGUAACUACGAGGCUUCAUCUAAUUGGCUGCCUAGUAAAUCUUUAUCAGCUGGCGCUGUACAGCGACGAUCGGAGCGCAUCCUUAUUGUGGCAAGAAGAACUAUUGAUGGAAUAUGGUUUGAAAAUUGGUGGUGACGAAAGAAGCCAAGGACUGUUAACGCAAAUCCUUUUGUCUCGCGAGACCCAACCAGAUGUUUUCCGUACCAAGCUGUCGACGCAGGAGCACAAAUUCAGAGAAGCGCAGGCGCUGUUGGAAAAACAGAAGGACGACGAAAAACUSGAAGCAGAAGUUGAUGCGCAGGUUCGGGAACGCAAAGAGCCAGCGAAGYUUAUCGCUCGGCGACAGAAGAAAAUGAAGGAGUUGAAACGAGAAAAAAUGCGCGAGCAACAAAAGGCCAGAAUGAUUGCCGAAGCCGAAGGAGCYAUGGACGACACAGACAUGAUGGACACCAAUGAUGAUGUUGGCGACAAAGAACACACCAGUAGCCAGAUUAUCGAUCGCGAACAGGAUGGCGAAGAAGCAGUCAACGAGGCAAUGCUAGAAUGGACCAACACAACAGGACAAAUCCAAUUGGCACUGGAAAUUUUGACGAAUCUCGUGUCAACCUGGAUUUCGGCACCGGAAGGCCCAAGACCCGCAUCAAAACUUUUCCACCUAAUGAAUACGAUUGACACUACGUCCAGGUUGCGCGGUGUGCUUCAAACAUUCAGUCAGUUUUUGAGAGAKGGCAAGAUAAGAAACCAACAAAAUGAUAUGGACGAUGAUGAAUCAAAAAGUACUUUUYGUGRAUACGAGAGAGACGAUCCUAUCCGCAUGGACAUCGAAGAAACGAUUGGAAAGAUAUCUGCAUGUCUCAUAAAUUGCAUCUUGAGUGGAAUCGUUGUCACAACUAGAAACGAUAUCGCUAGCAGCUCUUGUCCUGUGAAAGACCUCGUGUGGAACCCAAUKCUUAGAGAUCUCCACACCGAAUUGAAUGRAAACAYGAAUGGUCAAAAAAGUCCUGAUGCUAACGAUGCCGUCGUUGAAGCAUAUACCGCUGUUUUAGUGGUAGUGAUGGAAACAAAUGCGGGCAUUGUUUUUCAAGGAACGGAAAACACCAACCUAUUCCAAGAAUACAUUGAGCUAUUUCAAAAACUUCUUCCCAGACGGGAUGCAAUAUGUUUACUGUCUACAACGGUGCUCACUUGGGUAAAUUCGAGUGGAACCGCGACUGCCAACAUCGAGGCCGUGGUGCGGUUGAUCACAGAAAGAUUCAUGGAACUACUUGCAAAGAAACUGGGAGAUAAUUAUACAGUGGAGAAGGCUGAUCUAGUGAAUUCGCAAUUGCAAGUUUUGAAGACUUUCAUGGAUUGGUACGGAAAUGAUAAUUUCUAUCCACAACUAUACAACGAAAUGAAAAUCUCURGCGCAAUCGCAUCCUUUUUGAUGUCCAUGUCGAAAGAAUUGAACAGCAGCAACACCACUGGAAACAGUACCACCGUUGACGAAGAGCAAAUGGAUAUACUACACAACUCRGAGCGUUUUAUYGAAUACAAGAAAAACCUAYAAUAAMAUAAUCAAAUAGGAAGAAAUAUAACGUGCAGUUUACA